ACAUCUCUGAAGUGGUUUCUGAUGCCUCACUUUGGGCGUCAUGCAUUAUUUCUGUUCGGAGUAUGUACAGUCACGGCCAUAGACUUCACGAUCGGCGGACUUGGGGUUCCUCAUGGCAGACCGCCUCUGACUUGGACAGUCGCAUCUCUGCUGGUCAUCAACGGCUUCAUCUGUUACACACGCAUGAUUCCAAUCAUCUUUGUGCUGGUGGCAGAAGUGCCGUCAACCCUGCUUCGAAGCAAGACCAUACCGAUUGGCCGCAUUGUAUACAAUGUAUUCAAUGUCGCUGCCAACAUUCUGACAUUAUACCAGAUCAACAAGUCGGCUUGGGGCUGGGGAGCGAAAUCAGGCUUCCUUUAG